AACCUUUUAAUUUCCUUAUAAAGGCAUAGUAAUUGUAAAAGUCCUAUUCAGUAUUGUGCAGCGAGUGGUCCUACCUAUGAUUUAUAUUAGCAAUUUGAGCAAGUGAACAGUAGAUACUCUGUUAGAUAGGCUAAAUUGUGUCUGUGUGUGUUGUGUUCGUCUGCUUUUUUUUUAGAUGUGUGGUGCGCUCCAUGGCGACAUGAUGACCCCGAUGAUCUGACCCCCAUGACCCUCCUUUGACUGUCUUUGCACUGAACAAGUGCCGAGCAACAGGUCCAAAAUUAAGAGUUAAUAAAAUCCCGUGAGCACUCAUCUUUUUCAUUUGUUCCUGUAACACAUAAAAGUACUCGGGGCACAGUUCGUAAACUGUGUGUGGAAGUGACGUUCAGCCUUUCGUUUGUGUGUGUGAUGGAGGGCUUUCCUGUCCAUUGACACUGCGGCACUGCCCUGCAGUCAUGUCUGCAUGCAACACCUUCACUGAACAUGUGUGGAAACCAGGGGAGUGCAAAAACUGCUUUAAGCCCAAGAGCUUUCACCGGCCUCCAGAGCAAGCCAACGCUGCCAGUGAGAGCAAGACAAACAUCAGUGCCAAACUCACAAACAGCCAGAGGAGCAUUUCCUCAUCCCGUGCAGGGCAGGUCCGCCCACCUGUCGCCAAGAAGCCUACUAUUGCAGUAAAGCCUACCAUGAUGCUGCCAUGCUCCCCACCAGGGUUGGACUCGGAGGGAAAUGUGCCAAGGGUUAUGGGAGCGCAGGUCACUAAAAGCUCACCUUUCACUGUGUGGAACCAAAACAGCCUGAACAGCUCAAGACCCACAGGGACAAACAACAACCAAGGGGAGGAUUUGGUCAGGCAAGCAGAGGCAUAUGGUGCAAUUUCCCCGCAGCCAACUAGCAGCAACAACAACGGACUGACGGAUGUGCUAAAAGAGAUUGCUGGCCUGGGACCUUCUCCAAUCUCAAGUAGAGAUGACUUCUUUGGCCGGAUCUGCAGUUCAUACCAGCGCUCAUUAGAGAGGGGCCUUCCAGCAUCAAGCUGUAUCCAUGCUGGGAGUAGUGGUAGAGGAGCAAUGAAACGUGUUUCCCUCAGUGACAGUGCAGAGGUCAUCAGCUCUGAGGGAGGACGUUUCUGUUAUCCAGAAUUCUCCAGUGAUGGUGAUGAUGAGGAGGAUGAGAGUGGUGAUGAGGAUGACGACGAUGGAGGUUACCAAGAAGUGUGGACGUCUUGCACCAGCCCUCGACAAAAGAUCCCUAAAGUUGAUUUAACAAGCAGCAGUGCCGCUCCAAGACUCAUCAAUCACAAAUCAGCUCCCACAUCUCCAACUGCAGGCUUCGGCACAGUCCCAACUAAAUCGCCUAACUUGUCUGAGAUCAAAUUUAAUAGCUACAACAAUGCCGGCAUGCCCCCGUUUCCCAUCAUCAUCCGUGAUGAGCCUGCAUAUGCACGCAGCUCCAAAAAAGCAGUGAAAGUUCCCAUUGUGAUUAAUCCCAGUGCGUACGAUAACCUAGCUGUUUACAAGAGUUUCCUGGGGCUCAAUGGUGAGCUGCCACAUUCCAAGCCUGGGGCCGGAGAGCGAGUGGCCAGCCACACAUAUGAGGAGAUUGGAUCUUCCGAAAGUUCCCAGCCAUCGCCGUCUGAGCAGACACCACCUCAGCUGAAGCACGCAACAGAUGUAACUGCUCCUGGGGAACUGAGGACUACCACAAUAUCCAGACAGACUGUAAAUGACAGCAAAUUAAGGACUAUGACAGGUGUCUCCGUCCUUCCUGUAGGUAGCCUGAGCCUUAGCCCUGCCGUUUUGGCACAUAGCAGUCUGGAUCGUAUUCGUAACCCCAGCAGUGAGCAACCGACAGAGGGCAGCAAAUAUUGCCAGGUCACAUCGAAUGGAAGUUCAGGUCAGAGAGAGAAAGCAAGUGCUGUUCUGUCUCAAAUUGUGGCCUCCAUUCAGCCACCGCCUUCUCCUCCAGACUCCCCUGCAGGCCAGAGUAAGACGUGCAGUGCUGAGGAGCUUUACUCACUACCACCAGAUGCUUCCAAAGAUGCUCCUAACAGACCUAAAUCACUCCACUGUUCUGCAGAACCUCAAAAAGACACACCACCUAAAGUCCUUCCUAAAUCCCAGAGUGCCUCUGCUGCUGUACCACCCACAAGCCCCAAAUCUGAACCUAGUGCCCCAUUUCCCCCAGCCCGGUCUAGCUCCUCUCCUUACCACUCAAGCAACCUGCUUCAGAGGCAUUUCAGCAACUGGACCAGACCAGCUGGGGCCAAACCUAGUGAUGGAGAGACCAGUCCUGGUGCAGAGGCCAGACGUUCGACUGACAGUAACAAGCCCAAGCGCUGGAUAUCCUUCAAGAGUUUCUUCCGCCGGCGGAAGGAUGAGGAGGAACAGAAAGAGAAAAUGGAGCGAGAGAAGGAAAAAGGGAAGCUUCUGGGAUUAGAUGGCACCGUCAUCACCGUACUGCCUCCUCCACCUCUACAGAGACAGCACUGGUUUUCAGAAUCCAAGACGGAUGACCCUCACCAGAAACCCACGAUCAUAUUCACCUACAAAUCAGAGAGCGUCACAGGUGGAGAGGAGGCGGAGAUUCGGGUUGAGGAACACAAAGAAGGUGGCACAUCAGAAGGUGGAGCGUCCUGCCUGUCGACUCCACCCAAGAGCAGAGCCAGUCUCCUCAUUAGCAAAGUCAUGAAUCAGCUUCCAGUUCAGGAUACUGAGAUCUCCUCAGCCACCUCUCUUCCUGCUAAGCUGGAGCUGUCGCCCCUGCACGAGCCGCCUGCCUCCUGCCCGCCCCCAGCAUCGCCCACCUCAAACAGCAGCAGGCAAGCAGAGCAAGAGAAAGAGGGAAUCACUUACACCAUCUCACACUCUCCUGCAUCCAGCAGCUGCAGGGCCACUUACACCAACCUGGGUCAGUCCAGGGCCAACAUGAUCCCCGUAAAACAUCCCAGACAUCCUAAAACAUCUGAUGACACUUUAACCUCUGAACCAGAGGUCACCGAACCCACAACAAAAUCCACCCCUCCACCCCUACCCAAAAAGUCAGUCCCACGUGCCCAAACAGAGCCAUCCGCACUAGGUAGAGAACUCUCUGCCCCGCGACCCAAAGGAGAGGCCAGACCAGGCGGGACCAGUCUGAGCGUUGCCAAUCCACUCUACGAUCUCGAAUCCACAUGGGACACGGCCAGUCAGAGCUCCUCACUCAGCUCGGAGGCACGACAUCCUGAUGAAUCGGGAGACUCUCUGGAGCGUCCCGUGGGUGGGCGGAGCCUGUCUUGCCUAACCAGUAGCAGCUCCAUGCAGGCAUGCGACCGCCGAGGCUACCGAAGUACAGAGAGUCUGACAGCCCGGACGCGAGGGGCUGGGAGACCCGCUAAAGCCCAGAAACAGGUGCCGUACAGAGGCAUGGAGAGCUGGGAGGAAGUGGUCGGGAGGAUCCGAGGCCUGCACAUGGAUACCCUUCGCAAGUUGGCAGCCAGAUGUGAAGAUAGAUUUAUGGCCGGACAAAAAGAUCAUCUGCGCUUUGGAACAGACAGCUGGUCUCAUUUCCGGCUGACCGCGGGAAAACCCUGCUGCGAGGCAGGAGAUGCUGUGUACUACACAGCAUCUUUCGCUAAAGAACCUCUGACAAACUACGCCGUUAAGAUCUGUCGGGGAGUGGUGAAGGAGACUCAGCAGCAGUUUUUUCACAGCCUAGCAGUUCGGCAGAGUAUCGCUGUGCACUUCAACAUCCAGCAGGACUGUGGGCACUUCCUGGCAGAUGUUCCGGCCCGCCUGCUGCCCUGGGAGCGUGAGGAGGAUGGAGAAGACAAGCAAGGUGGUACGGAAGGAGGAGAAGAGGGAAAAGGAAAGGAGGAUGAGAGAGAUGCGGCAGGUCCGGGCGGGAAACUCUGCAGCCGUGUUGUGGUGAUCACUCGAGAGGUGCCAUUCCAGACAGUAGCAGAUUUCGUACGGGAGGGUGUAGAACGGCACGCGCGAAACUCUGAGCUGUACGAACGCCAGGUGUGUCUCCUACUGUUGCAGCUGUGUGCGGGACUAGAGCACAUGAAACCCUACCACGUCACGCACUGUGACCUCCGGCUCGAGAACCUCCUCCUGGUGCACUGUCAGCCCGGGAACCCUUGGAACCUGGAGCUCAUGGAACCGAACAACAACGCUGCAUCCGGACCUUCCUCCGCCGCGGCUUCCGCUUGCCCCGCCCGGCUCAUCAUCAGCAACUUCUCUCAGGCCAAACUCAAGAACGUGGUGCUGGAACCCGCUUCACUCCGAGACCAGUCCCGUCUGGCACCUGAGCUCCUCACUGCCACUCAAUACCGCAAGUGCGACGAAUUUCAGACCGGGAUACUGAUCUAUGAGAUGCUGCAUCGACCGAACCCAUUCGAGGAAUGUCCAGGGCUAAAGGAGAGGGAAUACUGCAGCUCUGACUUGCCCCAGCUGCCCCUGCGAUCCCUGUACUCCAAUGGUCUUCAACAGCUCACCACGUUGCUGCUCAAUCCCAACCCUUCCGAGCGCAUCCAGAUGGCGGAUGCCCGGGCGUGUUUGCAGUGUCUGCUGUGGGGCCCCCGAGAGGAUCUGUUCAAUUCUUUGAACCCCGCCGCCGGAACAGUUCAGCGCCACACCGUCUUGCAGAACUGGCUGGACCUGAAGCGAACGCUUAUGAUGAUCAAGUUCGCAGAGCGUUCUUUGGACACGGGCUGCGGCGUGAGUCUGGAGGACUGGUUGUGCUGUCAGUAUCUGGCCUUCGCUACUACCGAAUCUCUGAGCAGAGUGAUCAAGAUCCUGCAGCAGCCACAGGGCGUGCUUAUUUGAUCGCAUCUGAUCACGGCACGCUAAUGAGGCUGGGACGUGUAGACGUGCGCUGUACAGACGUGUGAUUUUAUUCGAGGAAACCGUAUCAACUUUGUUGGUGAAUGUGUUUGGGUUUGGUUUACUUUUAAUACCAUGCAGAGAGUCUGAGCAAACCGUUUACAGGAUGAAAAGUGACAAAGUGAAGUCAUAUUUAACUCCACAGAUAAUGGCACAUUUAUAGAGCUGCUUUUAUAAACAAGUGAAACUGCAUGAUGUGUGAGUGUGUUGUGGGUUUUCUGCCGGUGUGUUUAGUUACGCUUUUCAUUCUGCUGUAGGGACUCGUGUAUAUCAGCAGAAAACCACUGAUCUGACAUCAGCUGCAUCAUGAUUUAUGAUUCCAGUAACUAUUGGAUAGCUAUUAUAUAAUCAUCGUAUAUCAGAGUUUGUGCGAGGGGCGUCAAAAUAAGGGUCCUCCAGUGGUCACAUUAGGUCAGUGAAUGAAUGAGUCUAACAUGCCUUACUUUAUAUGUGUCUGUGUGUAUAUAUAUAUAUAUAGAGAGAGAGAGAGAGAGAUUUAUGGAAAGUGGCAAAAACAUCAUCUUUCAUCAGUCAUUUCACACAAAUAUGUUUUUAUCCGAUCCUGAUAUAUCGUACAGAUUAGUUCGAGAGUACAGAUUGGAUAUUUUUCUACCACAACAAGAGCACUGUAAAGUUUACCAAAGACUAAAUACUCUGAACCAUAAAGAUCAAAACAUAUUUUUACAUUUUGCAUAGUCAAAGAGUAUGACUCUCCCUCUUAAAGAAGUGUCCUUAUGUACCUAAAACAAAUGCAGUUUAGUUCUUCAGCAGUACUUUGGCUCUCCAAAGUACACAGGAGCAUUUCCAAUCAGAGGGAUUGGCACCAAACUCACUUUAAUCAAACUAGAGUCGCACCAGAUUCUGAUCAUAGCGUUUACACUUGCAGUAAAAGCUCUGAACUGCUUUUGAGACAUAUCAGGAUGAAUCUAACCCUGACCUGACCCGGAUAUCACUCUGCGGAUGUAUGUGCAAUCAUUAAAAGCAAGUGUUAACAUUUGUUACAGUAUUUUAGAUAUAUUUAACGCACUUGAUAUUCUCAGCAUGCAAUUAUUCUUUAUCUUCCUGUUCCUGUUCGGCACAUAAUUGAUGAGAAUGCGAGCUUUGGGUUCAGACUCCCAGCGAGGCGUAUGCAAGGAUAUUUGAUUGUGUGUGUAGCAUUAAUAUGAACCAGGGACAGCACAUUCUUCAGCAUUUUGUCCUUGUUGUAGUGUUAUUUUGAGGUGCGUGUGUGUGUUUCAGGCAAUGGCAGUAUAGAGAAGAACUUCAGAGUGAAAUGUGAGACACACACAAGCUGCAUCCCAGUUUGCUUGCUUCUGCAUACUACAGGUAUGUAUUUAAGUGGUGAUGGGAAAAUGCAUACUUGUAGUAUGUAGUACGCUAGUACUGCAAUAUAUAAUGUAAUAAAAUUAACACAAUUUAUGUAAACGUUAACAUGUAGAUCAAUUUAUUAUUAUUUUUACAUAUUUUUAAAACUGCUGUUGCAGCUUUGGCCUUGGAAUUUAUAAUUAUUCACUAUUUCAACUCAAAAAGUUGAUAAGGAACUGUUACAAGCUCCGCCUCUUCUGUAAUGCAAGGGGAUUGUGUGGGUAAUAUUGGCUCAAAAGGCCUCCGCAGAAAAAGUAUAUCAUCCAGGCACCUUGAGGAUGUUUUUUGACAUGCUAUGAUUUGUGGAACACUAAACAAAAUUUUGCAUACUUGAUAAUAUGGAUAGUAUGAAAAUUGGGAUGCAGAUAUUGUCACACCUCCCUGUUUCUAUUUUUAGAUUUACAUAUUCAGGUGAAAGAAAGGGAUUGCUGAAAGGGAUUUAAUGAUUCAUAGUGCAUGAGAAAGGGUUCAUGUGAGGUCACUGCAUAGUGUCUCUGUCAAUCACAAACUAGGGCGGGACCAUUGGUUUGCUCCCAUCUUCCAUUUCCAAAGCAGCAGUUACAGUUUCAUCAAUUCCAUUAGAAAGAAACGGGAAUAGUGUGUGUGUGUGUGUGAGAGAGAGAGAGAGAAAAAAAUUGCGGUGCGUGUCACGCUGAAUGUUUGUGGGUCACACCGUAGCAAUAUGUUGUAUUGAAUUGUAUUUGUAUAUAAUAAUUUGAGUGUAGUUUAAUUUCAUUUUAGCAGUACAGGCACGAUUCUGUCACAGAGAGAACUUGAGAGAGAGUGAAAGUAUCAGCAGAUGUCUGUAACCUGAAGAAUGUGUGUGUUUUUGCUCACCCACCAUCAAUUUAUCAGUUUCUUUCACAUCAUUUCACUGAAAUCAUGUAGUUACUGUUAUUUACAAAUGUUUAUUGCCAGUGAUGAUUUCACAAAACUGCUUUUUACCUACAACUGCAUAUCUCCUGGUAUUUAGCUCUACAUUACCGAGUUAACUGCUCAUAAUAAAACUAUGAAUAUGUUUUUAAA